CUGUGUCUCUGUCGGCUCGACAACAGGUCAAUUAUUAAAGUCUUUGAGCUUAAUGACCGCAGGAUCAGGAACCUGCAGGAGAAUGCUGAGGAGGUUGAGAAGAGGAUUGUGGAACUACCGCAGCGUCGCCCUGAUUAUCGUGACGCCACUGCUGCUGCUUCCUCUUCCUCUUGUCAUCGGGACAAAGGAGUCAGAAUGUGCCUUUGUGUUGCUGCUGAUGGCGACGUACUGGGUGACAGAGGCGAUUCCUCUGUCCAUGACCGCCAUGCUCCCCGCCAUCCUCUUCCCCAUGUUUGGCAUCAUGAAGUCUUCAGAUGUGGCGAAGGAGUACUUUAAAGACUUCCACUUCUUGCUGGUGGGUGUCAUCUGCCUCGCCACGUCCAUCGAGAAGUGGGGUCUCCACCGCAGAAUCGCCCUGAGGCUCGUCACCACAGUGGGAGUCAACCCUGCAUGGUUGAUGCUGGGCUUCAUGUCCGGCUGUGCAUUCCUCUCCAUGUGGGUCCACAACACCUCGGCUGUUACCAUGGUGAUGCCCAUUGUGGAGGCUGUUCUCCAGCAGCUCCUGAAGGCCAAGGAUGGAGGGUGUGCCGGUGAAGACAACCCCAACCUGCAGCUGGACGAAACUGACUGCCAUUUUGAAAAGAUGAAAGAAAUUAUGAGUGACAGGAGGCAUACAGAUGUUUCUGAAGAGACCUUCACUUGUGUUCAGAUGCAGACAGGGUCACAGCCUGCUGCAGCUCAGGUUGCUGUGCCUGAGCCUGCAGUUCCCAGCAGGAGUAAACAGGACCUGAUGGUGUGUAAAGCCAUGUGCAUCAGUGUCGCCUACUCCUCCAACAUCGGAGGCAUCGCCACGCUGCCCGGCACCUCGCCAAACCUCAUCUUCUCCGAGUACCUCAACCAGAUUUACCCAAACUGUGACUGCAUUAACUUUGGGAACUGGCUGCUGUUGUGCCUGCCCAUCAGUGUCAUCAUGCUGCUGCUGACAUGGAUCUGGCUGUACUGGCUUUUCAUCGGCUCAGAUUUCAGGUUCCUGUGGAGACGUGGAGGAGAGCAGUGUGACAAAGAGAAAGCAGCAAGAGAAGUCAUAGAAGAAGAAUACAGGACGCUGGGACCCAUGAGUUCUCAGGAGAUGGUCACCGGGGUGAUUUUCCUGCUGAUGGUGUUGUUGUGGUUGACCAGGUCUCCAGGUUUCAUGCCGGGCUGGACGUCUCUCUUCCCUCAUCACUCAGGUUACAUCACUGACGCCACUGUGGCUCUGCUGCUGGGCCUCCUCUUCUUCAUCAUACCUGCCUACGGACCCUCCAAGAAAUACGAGGCCAUGAUCUCCUGGAAGGAGUUUCAGGCCUCCAUGCCGUGGAAAGUGGCCCUGCUGGUCGGCGGAGGCUUUGCACUCGCUGAAGGCACAAAGGAGUCAGGCCUGUCUCUGUGGGUGGCCGAGCUGCUGACACCUCUGGGUGAUCUGCCAGUGUUGGCCACGAUCACGGUCGCCUGCCUCAUCGUCACCACGGUAACAGAGGUGGCCAGUAACGCCGCCACCAUUACGAUCUUCCUCCCCAUCCUCUCUCCUCUGGCUGAGGCCAUCCACGUCAACCCGCUGUACGUCCUGAUCCCCACCACCCUCUGCACAUCCUUCUCCUUCCUGCUGCCGGUGUCCAACCCGCCCAACGCUGUUGUAUUCGCCUACGGACACAUCAACAUCGUGGACAUGGUGAAGGCGGGGCUUGGCGUCAACGUGAUCGGCGUCCUUACUGCCCUGUUGGCUGUGGCGACAUGGGGUGUUCCAUUAUUUUCCCUGGAUACGUAUCCUGACUGGGCGCCGGUCCUGCCCGGGUUCAACUCCACAGCACCGUGAUGAUUGGUGCCCAAGCAUGGAUCACAGUGUGAAGCUCAGGGACCUCUGAAGGUGCUCUAAGCAGGCCGUGGCACAGAGAGGUGGUUGUUGGAUUGAUACUCUUUAUUGUCAAAUGUGAAAAGUGUUACUUAUGGUGAUGAAUCCACAGAGACUUGUCACCAUCUCUGCAGCUCAACUGAGCUUGUUAGCCUCUUUUAGCUCCUAGUUUUGGUUUUGCAGCACAUUUUCUGUCUGGUUCAGUCUCAAUGUUUCAAGCAGACGAGUUCUAAUAAACCCACUGUGCACCAGCUGCCCAACACCAAACACCAGACAGACACAGCCAGAGACUGUGAAGAAAGUUGAACAUUUAGCAGCUAUAAAGACAGAUAUUUACUUCAGGAGUUGGUAGAGACCAAAACAGAGCUAAAAGGCGAGUGAAUAUUGGAUUUGAAUUCAUCAGGUGGACGUGGAUGUAGGCAGCUGUUUGCUAACAUGUCAGCCACGACUGUCUUAUUUUGUCUGACUUUUGCUGACGAUACUAACUUUUAAUCAUGUUAGAUUUUAUGUUAGUAUAUACAUUUAUUAUAGA